GCCUGAAUCCACAAAACAAGAGAUAAGUGACGUCGGUAUUGUGGUCUGGUGCCAUCAUGUCUGAGCCUCGAGCUCCAAAAAGGCUUUUGGAAAAUGUUUCAGUUAUCUUCCCUGACAACUGACCAGAACCAUCCGAUCUAUUUUCUAGGCGGGCGAACAGACAGUUUGAGGCUCUGGUAAUAAGCAUUCACAACUACGUAGAGGACAACGUCCAAUCGUUGCCUGGGAAAACCAAACCACCGGCGAAAAUGCCGAGCCUUGACUCGGCGUCGGCUCUGGACCUUUAAAAAAGAAAGAACGUGGCAUCCGGGGCUAGAAACCAACUCCCCGGACUCCCGAUUUUCAGAACCCUCCGAUUUUUUUCGGUUUUUGGCCUCCGUCUGUCCGGCCAAUCAUGGGUGCAAAGGGGGGGGUGCAAGGUGACAGGGGUUGUUUUGAAGCACUCAACAAAAGGGGUUUAGGCUCCCCCAACAAAAUCGGGGGUCCACAGAGCCAAGAUUUGCACAUGCAUUUUUGUGUUGUGUGUCUGGCCACAGCAAGCAGGGGGCAGAGAAUAAAAAAAAAGUUGUGUUUGGGUGGAUGGGCAACACCGGUGGUUUUGACCGGGAAGUGGGAUGGGACGGAAGGAUGAGACAGAUGGUGGGUAGGUACACAGUGGUUGAUGACAUGAAGGAAAGGGAGAGGGCUAGCAGCUGGAUGAUGAGAGUGUGGUUGACAAAGAGAAGGCAAGACCCCGCCCCCGCAGUCGAGAAUCUGAAUUCAGACGAAGGAGAUGCACUGACAGCUGGCUGGGAUUUGUGGUUGGUGGGUCCUAUCCGUUCCCGCAACACCACCUUAAUAAGGACCCCACAUUGCGGAUCUUAUCGAUGAGGGACAAGACGGGACUUGCUGUUAUUGUUGUUGUUUGUUGCAGAACUGUCGACGAAACAAAACAGCAAGAACGAGUCAAUCCGGGGUGCUUCUUCGUUUGGUUGGGCUGGGAUGACGACCUUGCCACUGCGCCUGAGACUCCGAGGCCGAGGGUUUCUUUGACUAGAUCAACUUAUCGUUGGCAGCUGGCACAGCAGAAUGUCCAUCUCACUCUUUGGAAUUCGAGUUCAGAGGACUGCGUGAAGGGAAAAUGCAAGUCUACGGCGAUCAUCAGCUACACUAGCCUUCGAGCCUUCCUGUUCGCUCCAGCACCGUCCCUUUUCCAAUUGCAGCCAAUCGGUUGGGCCUCGGCAUGAUGCUAGAUGAUGGUCAACUGCGUCGUUGUCUCAGGCUCAGCUUGCAAAUAGAAUGUCAAGAGUUCCUAGCAUGUGAGUCUCCCGCCACUCACACCCACUCCAGAGGCGAGGCGGUGAAUGCCUCUGGUGCUCUCUGCUCUCCAGAUCGAUCCAGACAUUGCCAUCUGGAUGAGCUAGAGAAGAGAUUGCCCACCUCAUCCCAUGGUGAGGUGGCCAAUACGUGACCUUCACGCAGAGCUGCAAACUCUAUGUAUGCUCUCCCAGCCUUGUACUUAAUAAGGAGAAGGCGCAUUCCUGCAUUGACAGCAAACUGUGCUACAAAGUGGUUGCAGUGGCAGGCAAUAUUCUGUAUCGACUUGUGCCGGGUGGUCCUUCUGUUGCAGCGGUGUCCCAACAAAAUCAGACAUAUCGACCCACGGAUAAGGAGACCGAACCGCCGCACACACACGAAAAUUUCCGGACCGAGAAGGGACUUCUUUUUUCUCUUCCUCUCCUGGCCUUCCUAAUCCUCUCUUUUCCCUCUCUGUGUGGCCGAUCGGGUUCUGUUUUUUUUUUUGAACGGUUCGUGGCACCUUCUCUACCUGACGCUAUCCUAAAUUAACCAUCCGGCCGUACUAACAACACCCGUGCCCCAGACCCUUUUUUUUUUCCCUCCCUUCCGCCCGUUGCUACUGUUCUUGCACACGGUGUACUACCCGGAGCUGUUUUUCCUCAGCGUCCAUCUUCUCCAAUUCGUCCGAUUACUCGUGCGGCAUCCCUCACCAUGGCUGCUGGAAAGUCUUCCGGCGUUGCUGCCGAGAAGAACGCCUCUCAAAGAAAGGCUAUCAACGGCGACUCGGCCGUCUCGAGCUACGCUCCCUCCCCUGCCGAUUCUCCCCGUCACUCGGCCUCGUCCACCUCGCUUUCGUCUCUUGCCUCGACUGACGCCCCGGCUCCCAAGAAGAAUUACGGCAAGCUCAUCGACACUUACGGAAACGAAUUCGAGGUCCCCGACUUCACCAUCAAGGAGAUCCGCGAUGCCAUUCCCAAGCACUGCUUCGAGCGGUCCAACCUCCGCAGCUUCAGCUAUGUCGCCCGUGACAUUGCUCUUUUGGCCACCACCUUCUACCUCUGGCACAACUUUGUGACCCCCGAGUACGUCCCCAACAAGGCUGCCCGCGUGGUCCUCUGGGGUGUCUACACUUUCCUCCAGGGUCUCUUCGGUACCGGCAUCUGGGUCCUUGCCCAUGAGUGCGGCCACGGUGCCUUCUCCGCUUCCAAGACUGUCUGCAACGUGACCGGCUGGUUCCUUCACUCUGCUCUCUUGGUCCCCUACUACAGCUGGCAGCUGAGCCACAGCAAGCACCACAAGGCCACCGGCAACAUGGAGCGCGACAUGGUUUUCCUUCCCCGCACACGCGAGCAGCAGGCCACCCGCCUCGGCAAGAUGGUCCAUGAGCUUCAUGAGCUCGCCGAGGAGACUCCCAUCGUUACUUUGAUCCACUUGGUUGGCCAGCAGACCAUCGGCUGGUGGAACUACCUCCUCACCAACGUUACCGGACACAACAACCACGAGAGGCACAGAGAGGGCCGUGGCAAGGGCAAGAAGAACGGUUUCGGCGGCGGGGUCAACCAUUUCGAUCCCCGCAGCCCUCUGUAUGAGAACCGUGAUGCCUGGGCUAUCAUCAUGAGCGACAUUGGUAUUGCCUGCACCAUCUCCAUUCUGGUGUACCUCUGCAAACAAUUCGGCACCGCCAACAUGUUUGUCUGGUACUUCCUCCCCUACAUGUGGGUCAACCACUGGCUCGUUGCCAUCACCUUCCUCCAGCACACCGACCCCUCGCUUCCCCACUACACCGAGGAGGAGUGGGACUUUGUCAAGGGCGCCGCCGCCACUAUCGACCGUGAGUUUGGCUUCAUCGGCCGCCACCUCCUCCACGGCAUCAUCGAGACCCACGUCCUCCACCACUACGUCAGCACCAUCCCCUUCUACAACGCCGACGAGGCCACCGAGGCCAUCAAGCCCGUCAUGGGCAAGCACUACCGCGCCGAUGUCAAGGACGGCCCCGUUGGCUUCAUCAAGUCCAUGUGGAAGGCUGCUCGUUGGUGCCAGUGGGUUGAGCCCACCGAAGGUGCCGAGGGUCCCGCCAAGGGUGUUCUCUUCUUCCGCAACCGCAACGGUCUCGGUACCGCGCCUGCGAAGAUUGCCGCUCCUGUUGCCAAGUGAGUGAGUAUGGUUGAUGGGGAACUCAACUAAAGUUACUGCUCUCUCUACCCCGAUCCUUCAGCCAUGACUCGGAGUUGUAAAAGAGGGGAGCUUCUGUAUAUAUUAUCAUCAUUCCCGGCCCUGCCACGCCGUCCCUAGCGAGGUGUUCCAUUGCUUUCAGGCCAAACGCAACAUCUCUACGCCCCUCUUUCCUGGACUGGACCAGCCUGAGCGGACACCAAGCAUUAUCCCAAUGACUUUUGUUGGGACCGACUCGGAGUUUUAUUUUUUCUCGUUUGUGGCUUUCAAAAGUUCCCACGCUGUGCUGGAACGGGGCUGAGUGGCGGCGCUUCAGGCAAAGGACGGCGUUUGUUGUUUGACUCGACUGUUGAUAGCGGUGAUUUAUGCUAUUCUGUUUAUUUGGUCUGGCGGGAAGCGCGUGACAAGACAAGAAGCAAAAUCGUCCAAAAAGACAAGGAGAGUCUGGCAAGACAAAAUAAAUAGAUGAUUAGACACGAGACGGGAGUUAUAUGAGGAGGGGAGUUAAUGAGAAAUGUUUUGAACGUAAAAUAAUUGUGUUAAACUGUGAAGUGAUAUGUGUGAGGUGAGGUUGUUAGAAAACAACGAGAUGGUAUGGAUUAUGAUGUCCCAAAACCUGGUAUAAGAAUUCAAGGA